AUGGCCUAUCACGUCUUUCACAGGAAAUGGAGGGUUCGAAAGCCCAUGUGGUGGGCGAUGCUAUUCGAGCUUAUCGGCCUUGUUCCCAUCCUCGUCCUCUUCGGUAUCGAGCAGCCGGAUCUCUAUCGUACCAAGUUUUGGCAAAUCGGUUUCGACAAUAAGCUCAACUCGAACCCGAACAUGGUCCUCUACGCCUAUGCGAAUCACAGGCCGCUUCCCACGAUUCCCUUCGUGUGGUCUCAAACUCUAACAGACUUCAAUGUCGCCAUAUCCGUCAUGGCUCUCUUCUUCCUCUUGACUAAGCUUGUCGCAUGGAUCAUGAAAGUCUGGUAUCCCCUCAUCGCCCUCCUCAUGAACAUUGCCACCGUCGCUCUCUGGACGACCAGUGUCUACGGUCAGAUUGGACCCGACUACGCCGAUCCGAGAUAUCCUAGUCCAGUCGCUUGGUAUAUCCGGAAGGACUGCAGUAUCGCCGAACCUUACAACGCCGUUCGUCUUUGCAAGAUUGCAAAGGGAACGCUCUUCGUUACCGUGUACAUGCUCUGCAUCUACCUCGUGAAUCUUGGGCUCGCCAUCUACUCUAUGCUUCCGAACGAGUUGGAUAGGGUCGAGGAAGCGGAGGAUGACAACGAUUCUAUCGUCAAGAGCAGCAACGUCGAAAUGAAGGGUAUGAGGUCGCCUACGACACCUGGAGUGCCGUACACACCCGGAGUGCCGUAUACGCCGCGAACCAUGGCCUUCCGCACCCUAGAUCGGAAAACCCCGACUAGGAUUCGGGAACAACUUCCAACCGAGCAGCUCAAGCAGUGGCAACACUCCGACCAGUGUCCAAGUGGUCAUUGGAGCGCUCAGAAGGUUGAGCGCUGGGGUCAGUUUGGCCCUACCUCGUGCCCUCCUCGCUGCGCGCUCGUCGAGACGCACUUUGCCUCCUCAAUUCACCCAUUGCUUUACGGCUCCAAUUUCCUACAGCUUCGUGAGACUCGCUUCCAAUAUGGUUCCCAAGGUGCGUGGUUUGAGCCGACUCCUCUCCCAAUUCCCGCGGGCGCAAGCUCGUCUAUCCUCGGCAUUGCUAACCCGAGAGAGCUCGCGAUCGAGCUUCCCCCCGCAAUCCAGCUCAAGGACCCCUCUCUGCUCAAGCAGGAUGUCGUGUACAUCAAUGGCGAGUGGGUCGGAGCAAAGUCUGGCAAGACUUUUGAAGUUAGAGACCCCGCCACCAACGAGUUAAUUGGAACUGCCCCUGAAUGCGAUGUCGAAGAUACCGAGGCCGCCAUCAAGGCCGCCGAGGCUGCGCUUCCCGAAUUCAAAGCUAAGACGGGCCGCGAGAUCGCCAAGCUCCUCCGAAAGUGGUACGACCUCAUGGUUGAGAACGUUGAAGACCUCACGACCUUGAUCACUUGGGAGAACGGUAAGCCCGUGGCCGAUGCUAAGGGCGAGGUUAUCUACGCGGCCAACUUCCUGGAGUGGUUUAGCGAGGAGGCGCCGCGAGCCUAUGGCGAGACGAUCCCUGCCACCGUGCCCGCCAACAGGGUGUUUACUAUCAAGGAGCCCGUCGGUGUUUGCGGCUUGAUUACGCCAUGGAACUUCCCUGCUGCUAUGAUUACACGCAAAAUUGGCCCCGCGCUGGCCGCUGGUUGCACAGUUGUCUGCAAGAGCCCCGGCGAGACUCCCUACACUGCCCUCGCCCUCGCCGAGCUAGCUCACCGAGCGGGCAUCCCCAAGGGUGUCGUGAACAUUGUCACAUCCCACCUCAACACUCCCAAGGUCGGUGAGCACAUCGCUACGUCGCCAGUCAUCAAGAAGCUCUCCUUCACCGGAUCGACCAACGUCGGCAAGCUCCUCAUGAAGCAAGCCUCAGGAACCCUAAAGAAGCUCUCGUUCGAGCUCGGCGGUAACGCUCCCUUCAUUGUCUUCGACGACGCCGACAUCGACGUCGCUGUGGCUGGUGCCGUCGUUUCCAAGUUCCGCUCCUCCGGCCAGACCUGCGUCUGCGCCAACCGUAUCUACGUGCAGAGCGGCAUCUACGACGAGUUCGCCGAGAAGUUCGCCGCGGAGGUCGGGAAGUUCAAGGUUGGCAACGGCUUCGGAGAAGGAGUCACCCACGGCCCGCUCAUCCACGACCGCGCCGUUUCCAAAGUCCACGAGCAUGUCAAGGACGCCGUAGCGAAGGGCGCCUCAUUGGCCGUCGGCGGGAACCAUCUCCCCCAGCUUGGCGAGAACUUCUUCGAGCCGACGGUGCUGACGGGCAUGACGCCCGACAUGCAACUUGCGUCUGAGGAGACGUUUGGCCCUGUCGCUGGUCUCUUCCCUUUCAAGUCCGAGGCUGAGGUUGUGAAGCUGGCGAACAAUACUAAUGUUGGUCUUGCGGCUUACCUCUUCUCGAGAGACCCGGCGAGAAUUUAUCGGGUUGCCGAACACCUCGAGGUCGGCAUGAUUGGUGUCAAUACCGGUCUGAUCUCCGACACGGUGUCUCCGUUCGGUGGUGUUAAGGAAUCCGGAUUCGGUCGGGAAGGAUCACUUUACGGCAUUGAGGAGUUCCAAGUCAUCAAGACUAUUACCCUCGGUGGGAUGGGAAAGCCUUUGCAGACUUAG